AUGCAAGCCCUUCCCCUUGCAGUCACCUUCACCUUCGGGUAUUCAAACGGGGACAUGGAGGGGGAAUCCUUUUCGUUGUUGCAAAGCCAACCUCUUCCACUCCUUCGAGUGACGGAGGUGCGAGUGUUAGGAAAUAUGCGUGUUGAACCACAUUCUCCACUGGUUUGGAUUUACCAUCAUUCAGGGCCACGCAAUAUGAUCUUGCAUAGGGCUGCUUUGGUGUAUGUGGUGCAGUUAAGUGCGCUUCCAAAACACUGUGCCGUCACUACUUCCACCUCUAGCCUUUUGCCCUUUCAGACACACGGCGUCGGGGAUGUGUCUUGUGGAAGGAUGCACAGCGGAUUGUAUGAUGCUCCUUGGAAUCCUUGGAAAGACUUGGCGAGCUUGUCCAUUUCAGGUAGUAACGUUGGUGAUCAGUUGAGAGAAAAUGGUUGGUCUUCCUUCUCCCGUCGUGAGUGGGAUAUUUUUCAUGGACGUGCAGUACUGUUUACCUCGUCUGUGAGGGUUCCGCGGUGA